CGUAGGUAAGUUGAACAGUAAAGUAGUGUUAAGCAUUUAAUUGAUUUUAAAAGUAAGAAUGACUAAGAAAAAGAACAAAAUGACAACAGAAGCUGACCAGCAAGCAUAUCCUAUAGACCAAGACAAAGCAGAUAAUGUUAAAAAAUUAAGACAAAAAACAAAUAAGGGAAUCUAUUGUUUUGAUAAGGAAAAGAGUGGUGGUUUUUAUCAAGGAGCAAACGGUCUAAAGAUGAUGAUAAUGCGACUAGACUUUUUGCAAUCGACGCGAAAUAGAAUUAUCAAGUUCCGUACUGAUUACAAAAAAGUCCAUCCAUCACUUGAGAAAUGUUACAAUCAAUUGAUCGAAAAGGAAAUCGAUUUGGAAAAGAUGAUAGAAUCGUAUGAAGCACCUGAUCUUAUGGAUGAGAACUUCUCCGAAGAUACAGUAGAUCCCGAUUGUUUAUUUUAAAGUCUAUUUCUUUAAAUUACACUAAAAUCCUUGAUCAUUCCAUAAUCAUAAUCACGCCUAUUUCUUCCUUAAUAGCUUAAUUAUGCUUAAAAUUAAUUGUUCCAUAUUUUUCAUUAUUUACUUGUUUUGGCGCCAAAAUUAUUACUCACAUAAAUUAUAAGAAAGCCAGCGAUAGAACUGUUUAUGCGGGAACAAACGCUUAUAAUAAAGUCUCAGAUAAUCAGGCAACUGAGUUGCAUCGUAUUCCUCGCCAUUAAGAGCCUCUGGCAUUUUUAAUUAAUUUAUUUUAUUUUUUUCACAGAACUGUUUACUCAGAA